AUGGCGACUGAUGUAGCGCCUCGGUUCCCUUUCCAGCGAGCGUCCGCCCUUGAACCUCCAGCAGAAUAUGCCCAUCUGAGGGCCCGCGAGCCUGUCUCCCGUGUUACACUCUUUGAUGGCAGUCAAGCAUGGCUUGCCGUAAAGUACGAGGACGUUUGUAAGAUUUCAACGGACACGAGGCUCUCUAAGGAACGAACGCGGCCUGGAUUUCCGGAGCUGAGCGCCGGUGGAAAAGCCGCUGCUAAAAACAAGCCAACCUUUGUAGAUAUGGACAGCCCUGCUCAUAUGGAUCAGAGAGGAAUGGUCGAGCCCUUUUUUGUCAAAGAGAAGAUUGAGGCUAUGAAGCCCUAUAUCCAGAGGACCAUUGACAGUCUGCUUGAUAGCAUGAUAGCUAAGGGAUGCGCCGAACCAGUCGACCUAGUCGAGAACUUUGCCCUGCCAGUUCCUUCAUACAUCAUUUACACCAUUCUGGGGGUCCCAUUCGCGGAUCUUGAGUACCUCACAGCGCAGAAUGCGAUUCGGAGCAACGGCAGCGCAACAGCACAAGAAGCUUCGCUAGCGAACCAGGAACUUCUAGAUUACCUCGCAAAACUAGUCGACCAGCGCUUGGAAGAACCACAAAACGACCUGAUCAGCAAGCUUGUGAUUGAGCAGCUUCGUAACGGCUACAUUGAGAAGUCCGAUGCGGUGCAAAUUGCGUUCCUGCUCUUGGUUGCAGGAAAUGCAACUAUGGUGAACAUGAUCAAUCUGGGCGUCGUAGUGUUGAUGCAACACCCGGAACAUUACGAAGCGCUGAAGGCAGAUCCGUCAUUAAUUUCCGGAUUCGUCCAAGAGCUCUGCCGCUAUCAUACCGGCUCAUCGCUUGCGAUGAAGAGAGUCGCUAAGGUUGACAUUGAACUUGGAGGAAAGACGAUCCGAGCGGGAGAGGGGAUCAUUGCAGCGAAUGCAUCAGCCAACAGGGACGAAGAUAUUUUCCCUAACCCAGAUGAAUUUGAUAUGCGUCGUGAUUUCGCAGGCCAUGAUGCGUUGGGUUUCGGCUUCGGUCCGCACCGCUGCAUUGCUGAACAUUUGGCUAUUGCCGAGCUUGAGCUUGUCUUUGCUACGUUAUUUCGAAGACUACCAAACCUCAAAGUUUCAAUCCCAACUGAAGAGCUUGAAUGCAGCCCUCGGCAUAAGGAUGUAGGCAUCUUGAAACUGCCGGUGUUGUGGUAA